GGUAGAAAAGAAAAAAACGAGGGGGGAGCGUGAGCCAAAGACAUAUCGCCAGUUUUUCAGCUCGACGCGAACGCACAACGACGGAGGUGUGUGAUAAAAACUUUGCACCUUUUGCUUCACCAUCCACCAUCGGCUGCAAAAACGGUCGUACGGUCGCGAACGGUACAAACGCUUCCGCACAGUGAGCGAGGUGUGCGAAACAGACGGAAGGGGAGCGUGUGCGUGCGUGCGUGUGUGCGUUUUGAGGCAACAGCGAAAGGGCAAUAGCAAACAAACCGCGACCGUACCAGCGGGGAAAUAGCGAUGGAAGCCCUCAUUCCGGUGGUCAACAAGCUGCAGGAUGUGUUCAACACCGUCGGCUCGGAUGCCAUCCAGCUGCCACAGAUUGUCGUCCUCGGCAGUCAGAGCUCGGGCAAAAGUUCGGUCAUAGAGAGUUUGGUCGGGCGAACAUUUCUGCCGCGUGGUACCGGCAUCGUGACGCGCCGUCCGCUCGUACUGCAGCUCGUCUACACGCCCCUGGACGACCGCGAGCACCGUUCUGCCGAGCAUGGUACGGUGGCGGUGGAGGAGUGGGGCCGAUUUCUGCACAUCAAAAACAAGGUGUUUACCGACUUUGACGAGAUCCGGUCGGAGAUUGAGAAUGAGACGGACCGGAUGGCGGGCGCCAACAAGGGCAUCUGUCCGGAGCCGAUCAAUCUGAAGAUUUACUCGACGAAGGUGGUCAACCUGACGCUGGUCGACCUGCCGGGCAUUACGAAGGUGCCGGUCGGCGACCAGCCGGAAGACAUCGAGGCACAGAUCAAGGAUCUGGUGCUGAAGUACAUCGAGAAUCCGAACUCGAUCAUACUGGCGGUGACGGCGGCCAACACCGACAUGGCGACGAGCGAGGCGCUCAAGAUGGCGAAGGACGUCGAUCCGGACGGGCGCCGCACGCUGGCGGUGCUGACCAAGCUCGACCUGAUGGACGCCGGCACGGACGCGAUCGACAUCCUGUGCGGGCGGGUCAUCCCGGUGAAGCUGGGCAUCAUUGGCGUGAUGAAUCGCUCCCAGCAGGACAUCAUGGACAAGAAAACGAUCGACGAUCAGCUGCGGGACGAGGCCGCUUACCUGCAGCGCAAGUACCCGACGCUGGCGACGCGCAACGGCACGCCCUACCUGGCCAAGACGCUCAACCGGCUGCUGAUGCACCACAUCCGCGACUGUCUGCCGGAUCUGAAGACGCGCGUCAACGUGAUGGCGUCCCAAUUCCAGUCGCUGCUGAACUCGUACGGCGAGGACGUGACGGACAAAAGCCAGUGCCUGCUGCAGAUCAUUACCAAGUUUGCGUCCGCCUACUGCUCGACGAUCGAGGGCACGUCGCGCAACAUCGAGACGACGGAGCUGUGCGGCGGUGCGCGGAUUUGCUACAUUUUCCACGAAACGUUCGGCAAAACGCUCGACUCGAUCCACCCGCUGACGGGGCUGACCAAGAUGGACAUACUGACGGCGAUCCGCAAUGCGACCGGGCCGCGGCCGGCCCUGUUCGUGCCGGAGGUAAGCUUCGAGCUGCUGGUGAAGCGGCAGAUUCGCCGCCUGGAGGAUCCGUCCCUGCGCUGCGUCGAGCUGAUCCACGAGGAGAUGCAGCGGAUCAUCCAGCACUGCGGCACGGAGGUGCAGCAGGAGAUGCUGCGCUUCCCGAAGCUGCACGAGAAGAUUGUGGACGUGGUGACGCAGCUGCUGCGCCGCCGGCUGCCCACCACCAACUGCAUGGUGGAGAACCUGGUGCAGAUCGAGCUGGCGUACAUCAACACGAAGCAUCCGGACUUUCACAAGGAUGCGGCGCUGGUGCCGAGCCUGAUCAAGACCGACUCGCAGGACCAGUGGAUGGCCCACCAGACGGGUAAUCCGCCGAGCCGGCGGCCGGGAUCGAACCGGCAGCUGGCGCUGGUGGAUAAGACGGGCAUGCUGAACUUAAAUCACGAUGCACAGCAACAGCAACAGCAGCAACAACAGCAGCAGCAGCAGCAAAAUCACGUGUCCGAGCAACCGGGCGGUUGGUUGGGCAGCAUUUUGCCACCGAACAUGGAGGCCAUGAUUGGGGCGCCGGGCAGCGAAAGUGGCAACAGUACGGCGAGCAAUACGCCGACGCACGGUGUGCUGAGCCCGACCAAGCCGGUCAACCUGCUGCCCGACGUGCCGAUGAACCAUUCAUCGCGCAAGCUGACCGAUAAGGAGCAGAAGGAUUGUGACGUCAUCGAACGCUUGAUCAAAUCGUACUUCUACAUCGUGCGGAAAUCGAUUCAAGACUCCGUACCGAAGGCCAUCAUGCAUUUCUUAGUCAACUUCGUCAAGGACAACCUGCAGUCGGAGCUGGUCACGCAUCUGUACAAGUCCGACUCGGCGAACGAGCUGCUGAACGAGUCCGAUCACAUCUCGAUCCGGCGCAAGGAGGCAAGCGACAUGUUGAAGGCACUGACCCGCGCCAACCACAUCAUUAGCGAGAUCCGGGAAACGCACAUGUGGUAAGCAGUCGCGGUCGCGCUCGCCGUCCUCUAGUAAUGCUAUUUAUUCUCGCACACCAAAUACACCAAACAACGCCACACCACGUGGAAGUGGCCGUUUUGAUGCGCGUUUCCGGUGCUGGUAUAAAACAACAAAUGGAGAGUGAUACCGUUAAACUGUACUGUGUGUUGGAAGUCACAUUGUGUGAGCUCGGUGGAAGAGGAAAAGAGAGGAUUAAUGUGUGUGUGUGUGUAUAGCUUAAAGUGUUUGUGCUUGGACACACGCGCUGCACCUUCGUUUGUAGUUAAGCAUCUUACGAUGCGAUGAACAUUUUUGAUUAAAUUAGAAAUCAUACACACUGCACACGCGCGCGCGCCAUACAAAUGACGGAGGAAUAGGUAACUUCUUUUCCGUAAAACCUCGUUUGAGGAGACAAAGAUAAAAGAGAGAAAGUGUAUUCGUCGCGUAACGCAUUCGUGAAAAAUGUUAAAUUCUAUACUAUUUGCUAAAUUAUAUGACACGCAAUGGAAGGACACAAGAGAGUACGCAAGUACACACCGUCAAAAACGGGACAAAGAAGGAAGAACAGGAAGCAGCGCGUUUGCGUAAUCUUUAAUGUUAUAAAACACGCCGUUUGAUUUUUCGGGCAUAAUUCUGUAGACAAACGCGCGCGAGCGCACGCCCUCUAAACCGUUUAGAUAACGUAGCGAAGGGGCGACACUACCUUUAAAAAAUAUCGUGUUUCCUUAUCGUGCUGUUUUGCCAACUCCCUUUUCCCUCUCUAUUGCCAAACUGUACUCGAUAUUACACUACCAAUCUAUCCGCCUUCGAUUACAUUGCAGCAUAGAAGAAUGGAAAGCGAACGCGGCGCAAAAUGUGCUGCAAAUCUGCGAACGUAUGGCGGAAAUGCUUUUA